AUGGCCGCAAAGCACUCGGAUUCGGUAGCGACACUUCGAGCUGCAUCCCUUCGAAUCUCAUCAACUCCAGCCAAGGAAUUGCCAAGCAGUACACCUCAAAUCUCUGGACUCAUCUGGAACUGCAGAGAUCUGCUUUCAACUCCCACAGAAACUAAGCAAAACAGCGAAACUUCAGUCCUCGUUCACCGAUUCAAGACUCACCUCUCAACUCUUCUCCAAGACCGGACUAUCGAAGGACGAUGGGCUGCUGUGGUACUGGUCAAAUCGGCUAUCGAAGCCGGCGGAAUCGAAGUUCUGUCGAAAUGCAAUGCAUGGGUCAAGAGUCUACUGGGGAUCCUGAAGAAACCCGAUCCUCCCACCACUCGCAUCUUGACUGUUCUCACCUUGACUCGCAUUUUCAUGCUCACAUGGGACUAUUCAAAUCUGGUCCGGGAAAUCACAACACCUGCCCUGACGGCUUUCGUGCCAACAUGCCUGUCCAACAUCGAGAACAAGCGCUGCUCCGCUAGAGAAUUGGAGUCCGUCUUGGAAGCAUUCGCUGUACUUUUGCCACGUCAUCCCACUAUCUUCCGAACGAACGAGGCCAAGCUGCGAGCUUACCUUUCGAAUGUGCUCUCGUCGUCUUCCGGUGGUUUCGAGUCUGGCCAGCUCUACUCUGAAUCUUGCCGAAGUACUGCAUCCCAUCUCUUGGCCCAGCUCCACACCUGCGCUCCAAAGCAAGGAUCAAGCGAGAAGUGGGCGGAAACGUUGAAGGGUGUAGUUACCGCGGCACAUGCGACAUGCGACCGUAUCUUUCGCGCUGUCGACGAGGACUGGCAGUCUGUAGCAGGUGUGGAGCGAUCUGCCCCGCUUACGUCCUACAAUGGAGACGUUGUAUCUGAGAAAGAUGAUGGUGCUGGAAUGAGACCUUGGAAGGGUAUCUACGCUGGAGGCGAAAGACUUGUCAGCCUUCUCGAGGUCAUCGAAUCUCACUUCACAACAGCAUCGUCCGGCGUUGUGUCAGUGCGAAUUGGCGGUAUCACUGACCUUCUUACGAGGCUCUUCGCGGUGACACAGCCUCAUGGUGGUAAUCAGGAGUUCAUCAAGAUCAACAACCAGGUCUCGAAGGACGAGCGCGAAGCGUUGUUCGCUGUCCUACCGAGAGUUCAUGUCGCGGCGAUGCGACUUUGCGAGACCAUCAUCCACCGUUUCGGCGGCGAAGUCAUUGCGUGGGUGCACUGGCUCGUUGAGCACAUCUCCUGGGUCUUCAAAGCCGAACGACAAACAACGGAAAUUCGCAUGGCCUCAUAUCGCUUGUUGCGCGACGCGAUCACCAUCAUUGGCCCAACAAUGGCUAAAGCAGAAGUUGUGGAGCUGAACGCAAUACUUGAGCAGUGCUGCGAAGAUGUAUUGCCCGCCGAAAACACCACAACUUCUACAGGUAUGCAAAACGGCGGCUGCAUCAAGCAACAACUUGGGUUUGCCGGUUCCAAGGCGACACAGUCGCAUCCAACCGACGGCACAGACAUUCGUCAAGCUGCUGAGCAUCUUCUCUGCACCGUUCUGGACCGCAUAGAAGCAGCCUGUCUGCCACCCAAGCUUCGUGCACAAAUCGACCGCAUUGCUGUGCUUUCGCAUAGUGAGACUACGCUCUUCGCCAGCGUCAUGAACCCGCACAGGAAGCAGAACGAUGCUCGGAUCCAGCCAAGCCUGCUGCCCAUUCUUGCUCGAGAGUUCGGUCAACAGCCUCACGUUGAAGCGCUUCUAAGACCAAGGAUGCCUCCAGUGCGUGGCAAGGCUGGGACGAUAUCAGAAGAGAAUGACGACGCCGAUGAGCAGGAAGACGUCCACGUCCAUAACGAGUACCUACCAGACGCCGAAAAUAUUGGCACUGCUGCAGAUGAGCCCCCGAGCAAUACGACGACACUUUCACAGGACGAAGACGCAGCAAUUCCGCGAUAUCCUGCCGACCCAGAUGCGUCUGCUCCGCUAUCCAGCAAAAGACCUGCCGGUGAAACUCCAGAGCUUUCGCUAUCUGCAAAGCGUGUUCCAGUGGUCACCGCGACUAUAUCUGGUGAGGAUGUUGUAAAUGUGGUGCAGCCAGAGGUCGUUGCGAAUAAUACCACGGGCACAGCUACCGCAGGCGCAAUGGACAUUGGGAGCGAUGACAGCGACUUUGAAAUGCCUCCCUUGACCAUGGAACCGGACACUGAUCCGGAGGAUGAAGAAGAGGACGACGAAAGCUGA